AUGAAUCCAUGGUACAAGCAACAGGGGGUAGACAAGCAUGGAACAGCUGAAGGUAGCAGAGGAGUUAAUCGUGUCUUGACAGAUCCUGUAACAGCAUCCAGGAGUUCAGUAGGGUUUGACAAUGAGGGCUAUUUUAAAGGAAUUAAGGGAACUAGCAGGAGAGAAAUAAUGAAAGAUGAAAAGGAAGUAAAAGAAACAAAGGUUGAAGGGGAAUUUAGCAAAGGGACACUCCUGGAUAGUAUGAGCUUUGAAAUGAAUGAGCCACCGAUAUUAGUCAGAGAAACACCAGGUUCUCUUAAACUAGCAGCAGGUGAGAGAAGUAUAUCAUCAAAGUCAAUGGAAGGGCCAAUGCUUCGUAGGGACAGUGCUACCAACUAUUUUUGUUGGAAAUCUCCAUAUGAUGACAGAGAAAUUUGUUACCCAAGCAAUUCACAAAGUCUAUAUUUUAAACGCAAAAAGAAACAAUUGAAGCCACCAAUAUAUGACGAACUCACUUGCCCAGUCUGCAGAAAGCUGUACUCAAAAGCGCAAUUGCUGCCAUGCAACCACAGCAUUUGUGAACACUGUAUUCCAAGACAAAAGACCAUAUCCAACAAGGGUGUGAAGAAGCACGCUAUUGUCACAUGUCCAGUCUGCCACGAGAAUCACUAUUUUGCCAGCACUGAAAAAGUCAAAUUCCCUGAGAACUUCCUGCUCAACGAGAUACUAAACAGGUUGGAAAAGCGGCGCAAGAAAUCAUCAAAGAAGAAAUCAGCCGGAAGACAACCUUAUUGCCAACUUUGUGAAUCGAAAAAUAAACAGAUUGCGAUGAAGAAAUGCGAAACCUGUGAUCUAAAUUUCUGCAGGGACUGUUUAAAACAGCAUGACAAAACUUACACGGACCAUAAUUUUCGCGAUCCUUCAGGUGGGGAGCCGCUGAUGAAGUGUUUCCACCAUCCUGAUUCAAAUCUGUCAACGUUUUGUCUGUCUGACAAGAUUCCGAUAUGUGAUGAGUGUAGAAAAGAAAAGCACAAAGAUCAUCCAACGAGUACCUUGCAAGACGCAUUCAAGGACCAAACAAUUCAUCUAUUUCACAUUAUUGCAAAAUAUGGCAAAGUUAAGGAUGAAAGUGAAAAUGAUAUGCUGAGGCUGAGCAUUUUCAAAUCCAAACUCCAAGAGAGUAGGACUGAGUUUCAGAAGGAGCUCUCUAAUGGAUUUAAGCUUUUACAUGAUCAACUCAAACAGAAAGAGGCCCAGGUUAAAGAAAUUUAUGAGAAUGAGUUGAAUCUUAAGAUAGCGAAUAUAAACCGUUAUAUGGAAGCAACAGCUAAAGAAGUGUUAGGAAUGGAAGGUUUAAUCCAAUAUGCCAAGGAAGCAGUAAAGGAAAUGAAUCAAUUUGUCCUUCUGCAAACUGUUAGCCAUUUAAUAGAACAGCUGAGGAUGAAAGUGGCUGAUAUUAAUAUAUCUGGGCACAAACUAAUGACAAACUCUACUGAGCCAUAUAAAUUGGAUUUUGAAAGCAUUUUGGCUCAAAUGAAUGAGAUAUUUUCACCAGUUACAAAAAAUUUUGAAUUGCUCAAAGACCACAAAGCUUCCCCCAUUGAUAAGAAGGUAGAAACAAGUGUCCUUAUAAAGAAGCCAUCAGAGAUUAAGGAGACAGAAAGAAUCUCAAUCCUAUCAGAGGAGUCUCAUGGAAACAUGACUGAAACUCAGCAAGAAAGUGGCGCAAGCUUUGAAAGUGAACGUAGUGUAGACAGAAAAUCAUCAAAAACAAGCCAAGAAGAGACAACAAAUUCUGAUGUACUUGUGCCACCAACUAUUUACCAUCAUACUGUGCAGGGAAAUACAGCCAAGAUUUUUUGGAUGGUUCCAGAAUAUGACCUUGUGGAUUCUUUCGACGUGCAAUUACAAGAGAUGGGUAAUAAUAAUGGAGCUCUACCGCAACUAGGUGUAACGUUUUCCGGAAUAGAUGCCUCUUCAUUUGAGACUCAGGUGAAAGCCAAUUCUGAAGCUAUCUUCAAGGUCCGUGCAAUUACUGCCUUUGGACAAAGUGAUUGGAGCUAUCCUUACAAGUAUGCAACUGACCACACCGGAUACUGAAUCAGUCCGCACUAUUCUAU